ACCUUACAGCGAACAAGAGUAGUUUAAUUCCCUGUUCUGUAUCUAUAUGAUUGUUAUAGACUUUCUCUGAUGUAAACAAAACAUCCAAGUUUUGACCUGCUGCUACAGAAUCUUUGCAUUUCAGUCAUGUUCACUGGAGUUGACCUGAUUCAUCGAAGUAAUUAAUCAACUAAGAAGAAACAUAUUUCGAACACAUUCCAGUUGUUCUUAACAUUUUUGAUGCAUCAUUGCAUUUGACAUAAAAAUACUGCUAGGUGUUAAAAGUCAACGAUAAAGAUUUAUUAAUAGAAAGUGUGUUAUAGUAUAUGCACGCAAUUCAGUUUUGAGCGUUAUAUUAAUAGCACACCUUAUAUGGACAAGAAUUUCUUUCAUUUUUAAAGUAUAAUAAAUUGUAUCUACAAUGGCUUCUAAAAAAAAGUUAAUAAAUAAAAAGAAAUUACAAAAAGAAAAUCAGUAUAUUUCUCCAGUGCAUGAUAUAUACGAUAAUGCAAUAAGUUCGAAGGUAUUACAACGUUUAAGCACUGGUCUUGUUUAUGAUCUUACUAUGAUUGAACACAGAUGCCUUUGGGAUUUAAAUUAUCAGGAAUGUCCAGACAGAUUUCAAAAAGUUCUGGAUCGUUGCAAUGAAUUACAAUUAGUAGAUAGAUGUAAAAUAAUUGAAUCAAGAUUUGCAGACGAAGAAGAACUGUUAUUAAAACAUAAUAGGGAACACAUACAGUUUCUUAAAUCAACAGAAAGCAUCAAAGAUGUUAAUAAACUUGAGGAAUUAUCUUCCAGAUAUGAUGCUGUUUACUUCCAUCCAUCUACUUAUAGACAAUCACUGAAAGCAGUAGGAUCAACUAUAAAUCUUGUAACGAGCAUUUGUAAAGGAGAAAUUCAAAACGGAAUGGCAAUUAUAAGACCACCAGGCCAUCAUGCGAUGAAGGCUGAGUUCUGUGGUUACUGUUUCUUUAAUAACGUUGCAAUAGCUUGUGAAAAAAUGUUAAAUAUGAAUUUAGCAAAGAAAAUUUUAAUUAUUGACUGGGAUGUACAUCAUGGACAAGCGACUCAGCAAAUGUUUUACAAUGAUUCAAGAGUAGUCUAUUUUUCUAUACACAGAUAUGAAAAUGGCGAAUUUUGGCCAAAUUUGAGAGAAUCAGAUUACGACUACAUUGGAUUAGGUCCUGGAGAAGGAUACAAUUUUAAUGUUCCUCUUAAUAAAACCGGCAUGACUAAUGCUGAUUACAUUGCCAUAUUUCAACAAGUUUUGUUACCAAUGGCCUAUGAGUUUCAACCGGAUCUUGUAGUAGUUUCUGCUGGGUAUGAUGCUGCAUUAGGUUGUCCAGAGGGAGAAAUGGAGAUAACGCCUGCUUGUUACUCUCAUUUACUGUGGUCCUUGAUGAGUUUGGCAAAAGGAAAAGUUGCUGUUAUAUUGGAGGGUGGUUAUUGUUUGGAAUCACUAUCCGAAGGAGCUGCAUUAACUUUACGAGCACUUUUGGGUGAUCCAUGCCCAAGACUUCUUCCAAUUUUAGAACCAUGUGACAGUAUAUGUAAAACCAUUUUAAAUGUGAUAUACACGCAUAGAUCUUAUUGGAAAUGCUAUCAAUUUCAAGGAUCUUACAGUAUUUGUUCAAAAAUAUUUGAUGAAGAAUGUGAAAAAAGAUACUUACCAAUAUGUAUAUAUAACAAUUCUAAUGUUGUUCAAACUACACAUGAAACAAGGAACUGUUAUCCUGCGCAAAGCAUAGAAAAAAAAGCUGAGAUUCGUGAAGCUUUAUCAACUUUAAAACAAUGUACAAAUUUAAAUAAAUCGCAAUAUAAACUCUGUAUAGUUUAUGACUCCAGAAUGUUAAAACAUUUUGAUAAUUCUGACGAUUGUCAUCCUGAAAAACCUAGCAGAAUUGCAAAUAUUUAUGCCAGUCUUCAAGAAUAUGGUGUGUUGAAACGAUGUCUAAUUCUUCAAGUAAGUUAUUUUGUUUCUUUAGUAUGCUUUAAAAAUAAUACCAUUAAAUUUUAAAAGGCAAGAUAGAAAUUAGUAGAAUGC